AUGACAGAAAAUCUGAAGACGGAACUGAAGCAGCAGCUCGGUCUGCUUGCUGAAGCAGACAACCAAAUAGGGAGUCUGGUGUGGACGUGAGGAGCCUGGGGCCUAACGCUGACACUCACACCUUUGGAGAUGUGGAAGUCUGUAGUGGGACAUGAUGUAUCUGUUACUGUGGAGACCCAGGGCGAUGACUGGGACACAGACCCUGACUUUGUGAAUGACAUAUCUGAGAAGGAGCAGAGAUGGGGAGCCAAGACAAUCGAAGGAUCUGGACGCACAGAGCAUAUCAAUAUCCACCAGCUGAGGAGCAAAGUGUCAGAGGAGCAUGAUGUUCUCAAGAAGAAAGAGAUGGAAUCAGGGCCCAAAGCAUCCCAUGGCUAUGGAGGGCGAUUUGGAGUGGAAAGAGACCGAAUGGACAAGAGCGCAGUGGGCCAUGAGUAUGUGGCUGAAGUGCAGAAGCACUCUUCUCAGAUUGAUGCUGCCAAAGGUUUUGGGGGCAAAUAUGGAGUGGAGAGGGACAGGGUUGACAAGUCAGCUGUUGGCUUUGAUUAUAAAGGAGAAGUGGAGAAGCACACAUCCCAGAAAGAUUACUCCCGUGGUUUUGGUGGCCGUUAUGGGGUGGAGACGGAUAAACGGGACAAGGCAGCUCUGGGCUAUGACUACAAGGGAGAGACAGAGAAGCAUGAGUCCCAGAGAGAUUAUGCCAAGGGCUUUGGUGGCCAGUAUGGAAUCCAGAAGGACCGAGUGGAUAAGAGUGCUGUAGGUUUCAAUGAAAUGGAGGCCCCAACCACAGCUUAUAAGAAGACAACACCCAUCGAAGCUGCUUCCAGUGGUGCCCGUGGGCUAAAAGCAAAAUUUGAAUCCAUGGCUGAGGAGAAAAAAAAGCAGGAGGAAGAGGAGAAGGCACAGAGGAUGGCCAGGCAGCAACAGGAGCGAAAGGCCAUGCUGCAGAUAAGCCGCGAGGCUCAGCAGCCAGUGGUGCCUGUGGAAGAGCCAGCAGCGCCAGCCCCAUUGCCCAAGAAAAUGCCUUCAGAGGCCUGGCCUCCAGCUAGGAAGAUUCCGCAGCCAGAGCCUGAGCCCGUGCCAGCCAGCAGGGAAUGCCCAGUGCCUUCCCUCCCAACAAGACAGAAUCUCCCAGAGGACAAUGAGGAGCCCCCAGCCCUGCCCCCUAGGACUCCAGAAGGCUUCGAGCUGCAGGAAGAGCCCGUGUAUGAGACGGAGCCUGUGCCCGAGCCAGAGAAUGACUACGAGGAUGUUGGAGAGGUGUGUGAGCAGGACAACGAGCCGGAGGGGGACUAUGAGGACGUUCUUGAGCCUGAGGAACCCCCUCAUCCCUCUGAGCCAUCCGGAGCACCAGGCUGCCCAGCUGGGCUUGGGGCUGCGGGGAUCUCAGCUGUGGCCCUGUAUGAUUACCAAGGAGAGGGAAGUGAUGAACUCUCCUUCGAUCCGGAUGACAUCAUCACAGACAUUGAGAUGGUGGAUGAGGGCUGGUGGCGGGGACGUUGCCGUGGCUACUCUGGACUCUUCCCUGCCAAUUAUGUGAAGCUCCUCUAGUGAUAUAUCCUCUCCACCUCCUACAUGGCAGCUCCCUACUUUCAAAGUGACCCUAUUAUACUCCAUCCCCAUUCCUGCUGGGAGGGCCUAGGGUUCUGUGCAGAUUUCCUUCUGCUUUGUUCAGGGCUUGGGGCAGGGACAGGAGGAACGGGGGUCCCCUUCACACCCAUGUCCUCUCUACCCUGGAUGAGCUCCUGGCCAUUGUUUCAUGUCCCUGCCUCCUUCCCCAUGGAUGCCCCUCCAUGCACCCAAAUUCUGCUCUAUUUCAUUGUGAGCUUGGGGUUUCCAGUUUCCUUAACUGGAAGAGGGAAUUUGGAUUGUCUGGUUAUGCUGUUUACCCAUUUUCCUUCCCCACAGAGAUAUAUCUGGACCUUCUCUACUCAGUUCUAAAAUUGCAAUAAAGUGGGACAAUGGUUCCCCUCUAAGCUGA